ACAGUAUCAGAAGUCAAUUCCAUAUUGUUAUUAUUGUUUUCGGCAAAUUUUAUUAUUGGUGUUUUUAGUGAUUUAUGUUUUUCCAACAUUCCUAAGAAAAACUAUAACAUUUACCAUUUGAAAAUACGCAAAAAUAUAUAAAGAAUGGUUAAAAUAGCUCUUCAGAUUAAGGCUACACUAGAAUGCAUAGAAAAGCUCUACACAAAUCACCCACAUUAUCAAUGGUUCUUGAAACUAAAAUGUAGCAGUUGCGGUGAAGUAUCGGAUAAGUUUAUUGAACUCACUGAAGCGGACAAGGUACCGCAAAAGCACAACAGGUCUGAAACUAAUUUGUUAAUUAAAUGCAAGCUCUGCUCGAGGGAGAACAGUAUGGAUGUUAUUGAAGGCAGUAAUGGAAUAUAUACAAACAAUGAUGUUAAUAAAUUUAAGACUCUCGUCAUAUUUGACUGUAGAGGUGUGGAGCCUGUGGACUUUGAACCAAAGUCAGGUUGGAUAGCUGAAGCCGAAGAUGAGGGUAAAAAGUUUGAAGAUGUAGACCUUACUGAAAAAGAAUGGGCGGACUAUGAUGAGAAGAAUCAGGCGUCGGUGGGUGUGUAUGAACUUGAAUGGCAAUUUAUUAAAGUCAAGUAAUACACAGUGUAAUGUAAAUUAAUAUAUUAUUUAAAUUGUACACAUAUUCUGUUCUAAUAUACAUACUUUGUUAGCAAAGAA